AUGUGCCCAAAGGCUUCCCCUGUGGCCCCAGAGAGGCUCUUGGAAAUGGCACCUUAGUUUCAGGUCAGUUUUGGGUAAAGUAGUUAGCAGGGGUUAAUAGCUGUAUCAUAUGACGUCAGCAGUCCCCCACCUGGACAUUCUACUGUAUCCUGGAGAGCCUGGAAUUCUGUGAUGUCACCUGUGUUGUGGCAACGCCAACUGCCCUUGAGGCAUUCGUUCAGUGCCUGUGUGGUUCACCCACAGCCAUGCUGACGCGACUGAACAGGCUGCUUGGGAGACAGGAUGGAGAGCGCAGGGAGGCCAGAGAGAGGCCCAGGGAAGAUGGCCUUCAGUCUCCGAGUCACACAUCAAGAAAGAAAAGGUUCUGGAAAAGCCACAGGAGUGCUGGAAGAACAUCAACCUCAACCUCCGUCACUGAGCAGGAGCAGAAGAUGAACAAGGUCGAUGAACUGGCCCUUCAGCUCCAGAUGAUGACCAAUGAGAGGAAUGAACUUCGUGCAAUCCUGGCCAAUUACACCAAAGAUGAUUUGAACAACAGGCUGAAUUCUGAGCUUGAGGAGCUGAAAAUGGAUCAUCAGAAGGAGAUGUCAGAGAUGGAGAAAUUCCACAAGGAAAUUAGAGAGAGCUCAUACAAGUCCAAGAAGCUGACUGAGAAGAUCAACACCUACCACACCCUCCACAGCCGCCUUCUGGGGGAAUGGACACAGAUGAAGGAAAAAGUGGGCAUGUUGAAUGAAGACAAGAGAAAGCUGAAAGAGGAGCAGAUUUUCCUGCAAGAGUCCUGUGAGGAGACAAGGAGGCUCUGUGAGGAGGCCCACGAGAAGAUCUAUAACCUCUGGACCAAGCAGCGGCAGGAACAACAAAGACUGGAGAAACAUCUUCAUUCCCUACUGAAGCCAAAGGAACUGGUUACCCAGCAAAAGGACUCGGCAGUAAAGCUGCAGCAUCACUUCACGGAGUCCCAGACGAGGUCUGAACAUCUUGAGCACGAACUGGAAGAGACCACAGCCCAGGAGGAGAGCCUCCUGCCGAUGGAGCUGCCGCAGCAGGAGCACUAUGUGCCAGCACCUCUUAAGAGAACUGAGAAGGCUGGAGGAAGCCAGAGACACCUUGAAGGCAUGACAUUCUACUCUCCAGGAUCCAAGCCUCCUCUGAAAAAGCCACGUCCUUUCUGCUGUGAAUUCAGCAUUGAGGAAAACAUCAACCUACCAUCAGAGGAUCCAGCCACAAUCUGAUCCACCUCUGUUGGUUCACGUCCAGAGAAAAAAGACUGCAUCAGAAAUAAACCUGAGAUUCAGAGGACACCCCAUGAAUUACACAGAAGCCUAACAUCCAUCACCUAGUUGAUGUAGGUGGGUCUUGUAAUAAUAAAGAAACUGCCUCAGCCCUCAUAGGACAGAAAAUUAGGUAGGCGGAGUAGACAGAAGAGAAUGCUGGGAAAAAGAAGCUUAGUGAGGAGUCGCCAUGAUUCUCCCGCUCCAGACAGACUCAGGUUAAGAUCCUCCCUGGUAAGCCAGCUCGUGGGCUACAUAUAAUAUUAGAAAUGGGUUAGAACAAUAUGUAAGAGCUAGCCAAUAAGAAGCUGGAACUAGCCGGGCCAGGCAGUGUUUGAAAGAAUACAGUUUCCGUGUAAUUAUUUCUGGGCAUAAACUAGCCAUGCGGGCGGCCGGGUGCCGGGGACGCAGCCCUGCCGCUUCUGCUUCUAUUUCAACACCUAGUGGCCCUGGUGUGGGUAAAACAACAUGGAGGGGGUUAUGUGGGUGAACAAGAGUUAAUCUGUCAGCUACUGUCAAGGGCUUUGGCAAGCUGACUGCAUCUGUGAUGUGGAAUCUGACAAGGAAGACUCUGUCACACUGCCAUCCAGACAGACCACACGCAAAGCCUAAGAUUCUCUCUCUAGUGCAGAGCUGACGCUGACCCCAUAUCACGCACAAGUGUUGGUGAUGAGAAUUCCCUACAGAGACGAAUCCACUUCCUCCUGUCUCAUGUUAUUGAUUUCCUUUUACUUAAAGAAAAUCCCAAAGGAAAGUGGGAAUUUUGAUUAAUUUUGUUUGGUUGGUUGUUUUUGUUAUGUUUUAGAUUGUUUUGGUUUGGUUUAUAUAUUGGGAUAUCUGCAUUCGGGUUUUUUUUUUUUUUUGGUUUUCUUCAUCUUAGUGUAAGGUUUUGUUAUCUUUUGUUAUUUGUUUUGUUCUUUCCAUUGUUUUAAUAGUUUGUUAAGGUUACACACUGUCUAUAAUGACCGCCGUCUUAAAGCCCCCAUUGAAUAAAUGAAUGCUUUAUGAAUAAAAAGCAAUUUCCAACUUUUCA